AUGGCUAAAGAGUUCAAUGCAUUGGUCAAGAAUGGAAUGUGGUCUCUUGUUCCUCGUACUGCUAGUAUGAAUUUGGCUUCUCGAGCUUGGUUUCGCAGACUCUCUGAUUUCCUUCAACGGUUGGGAUUUCAUGCUUCACAAACUGAUCCUUCUCUCUUCAUCUACAAGGCUGGGUCGACCCUUGUUUAUAUACUGGUAUAUGUGGAUGAUAUUCUAGUCACCGGCAAUGCCUCCUCCCAAGUGGCUUCUCUUCUUAUAGGGCUUGCUCAAGAAUUCCCCAUUAAGGACCUCGGCAACCUCCAUUUUUUCUUGGGUAUUGAAGUCAUCCGUCAUUCCAAGGGUCUUCUUCUCUCGCAAUCCAGAUAUAUUUCUGACCUCCUCAAGCGGUCUGGUAUGACUGAAUGUAAGGCUGUGCGCACACCCAUGGCUAUCACUCUACCAGCGUCUACCUCUGGGGGUGCAGUCAUGGCCGACCCUACCCAAUAUCGGUCUAUUGUAGGGGCAUUGCAAUAUUUUACUCUCACACACCCUGAUGUUGCUUUCGCUGUCAAUCAAGCCUUCUCUGAUGCAGAUUGGACUGGCAGCAGUGAAGAACCCAAAUCCAUUGGGGGCUAUGCAAUAUUUCUUGGCCCCAAUCUAAUCUCUUGGAAUUCUAGAAAGCAAUGCAUUGUGGCGCGUUCCUCCACUAAGUCUGGGUACAAGGCCCUUGCUGAUGCCUUUGAUUUGGUUGGAAUCGCUCUUCAUUGA